UCUCUGGGUACCCCCACUCGACGUAGUUAUCACUUGUAACCAUGUCCCCCACUCCUAAAAUCAAUGUUAAAACUUAUGCUGACUUCAGUAUACGCACGCACACCGUCCAUGCGUACAGAACACCGCGGGCAGUCUCCAUUUGACGAGAUACGAUAAUUGCGAAAAUUCUUAACCUAAUAAAUAAUUCUCUCUUAAAAAAAAGUGCAAUCCCGUAAAAUCCAAUGGUCAGUGAAAAAUAAUGGAUUGAAGAGAAUUUAGCGUGUGGAUUUUGGUCUUGACCAUCAAAAACAUUUCGAUUGGAUCUCGGAAACGGGAAUGGGAGUAUCAGAUACAUUGAAUUACGUUCUGUUUUCUAAUCCCGUCAGCUCGAGUGCCGGUUCGUCUGCGAAAACUGCUGCAUCAGCUAUUGAUUAAUUGAUACACUGAAUUAUUGAUCGAGUGGACUUAGAAAAUCCCGUCACAAGCGCCUCAAGCAAAACGUCAUUGAAUUUCACAUGGAAACUCUUGUGAGCCCUAACCUAAAUGUGAAAUCCUGUCAGCUGUCAUACUCCAAGAAUUAUAAAUGAAAAACCCAAGGGUCUGACAAAAAUAAUGAUGGAAAAUAGCGAGCAGCAGAAAGCUGAAGGACCCCAGCAGCUGGGGAGAUACUUCGAGAACACGCCACCAACUGUAUUCGACGAGAUAGUUUCUCACCGAGAAGUUCCAGAGCUUGAUCUAGAGGGAAUAAAUCCACUGGUGGGCCCGUCCUUCCUGAAGAGUGACUUCGAGAUGGAGAGGCCCUCAGAUCUGAGUGUUCCUGACUACCACAGAGACGCCUGGAUUCCCUCAGACACCACCAGAAAAAUUCUGCUGUCGAUAGCGACAUCACCUCCUGGAGGAAGCCCGCCAAAUCGAGAGAACCUCACGAUGCCAGGAUUAACCCUUCAGGGGGACAUCCUAGAUGCCACAAGAGAGGCGUCAAUCCAUUAUUAUGGAGAGGAUGAGCACAUGCACAGGAACGUGUUGACAGCAUCAGAUGUUACACAGGACGAGAGAGGUCUGAGGAACCUGAUUCAGGCUGGCUGUUACAGAGCAGCUGUGAAUCUUUCAGGUCGACUCCUGGGAGUCUAUGGUCAGGGGUUUGGAAAAAUAGAUCAUCCCAGCAAGCACACCCCUCACUCCCUGCAGCUGUGGUACACCAGACUCUCACUUCUUAGUAAACUUCGACAGGUGGAGGUCCUCAAGGCUGAGCAUCAGGCUUUUGGAAAUUUGGAUAAGCCCGACAUGUACUUCUCCUUCCACCCUGAGCUAUAUGGGACUCGUCAUGGUUCAAUGGCUUCUUUCUCAUUCAGACUUCUUCUCGCUGAGAUUCCCUCGUUCUGCGGCUGCCACAGGGAAUCCCUCGAUAAACUCUACGCCAUCCUUGGGACUGUUAAUCAUAUCCUGGAGAAUCUGGGACAGGGGCUCUCCGAGGAAGGGGGAAAAGCCACCUGUUCUCCAGUCGAGAGGGAGGACUCGGUGAAGCUUUGGUCCAGAAGGAGAUCCAAAAUAAUGAUUUCGAUAGUAAAUUGUGCAGUGGCUGCCAGAAAUUUUGUUCUCGCUAUAGAAGUACUCGAAGAGAUAUCUGAAUUUCCAAACUGGCAGGACGAGCAGCUGGAGAUCUUCAAGUUGGCAUUGGGAAGACUUCACCUGUUCCUCGGGGACAUCCCUGCGGCUGAGGGAAAACUCCUCUCCAAGGACACCUCCAGGAACACCACCUCUAGGGAGUGGAUCAACCGGGGGCUCAUGGCUGUCACUCAGAACGCCUUUCAAGAGGCCCAUGACUGCUUUCAGGUCGCCCUCAAGCAGGAACCUGACAAUGUUAUGGUUGUCAAUAAUAUGUCGGUUUGUUUGUUGUACACUGGAAAGCUACAGGCCGCUGUUUGCCUGCUGGAAAACGUUGUCAAGAAGAAUCCGAUCAGGAAUCUCCAAGAGCCUAUAAUUUUGAAUAUGAGUACUCUUUAUGAAUUAAAUACCACUCAUUGCAGGCAGAUCAAGCUCCAGCUGCUUAAACAGAUGAAUAGGUACAAGGGAGAUGCAAUUGAUAUACAGUGUUUGAAACUUGUGUAAUUUUAAUUUUAAUGAAAAAUUAGAAUAUUUUAUUGUGAUAAGAAUUUUGUUUACAUUUUUUCAUCAGCUUU